UGACGGAGGAAAUGGCGUCCAUGGUCAGGUGCAGCGGGGUUCCUCAGUCACUGGUGUCUCCUCCAGCCCUGCCACGUAACCUCUGACAGGGUGUCCCGGUACCAGGUCCAGCGGGCGCAGAACUAUGUUUGUGGGUGAGACGCUGGUCACGUGUCGGCUGCUGAAGACGGAGCAGGAACACCGGAGGUGUACUUUGGGAGUGUUGCUCAUUCUGUAGACCCUGUGCAGAAGAAUGGCUCAAGAACAGAGGCAAAGCCCGGCGGAAACAUUUGUGGUGUCUGGAUCGAACGGUCAUAAUGGCCAGCAGUGGCAGACCGGUCUGAAUUCCUCGACACAAACUGGACCCGCGGCCACUGCCCUCAUGUCGAGGAUGGCCCGCGUCGCCUCAGAGGGCCAACAUAAGUGUGCGGCGUACGUGCUGGCCCUGAGACCGUGGAGCUUCAGCGCCUCGCUCAUCCCCGUGGCCCUCGGCAGCACCUUGGCCUACAAGCUGGAGGGCUCCGUGGACUUGGUCAUCCUGCUGGUGUGCGCGGUGGCCGUGCUCGUAGUCCACGGGGCAGGAAACCUCGUGAACACCUACUAUGACUUCUCUAAAGGAAUUGAUCACAAGAAAAGUGACGAUAGGACUCUUGUGGAUGAAAUCUUGGCGCCGCAGGAUGUUGUCAUGUUUGGUGCUUUGUUAUACUCUUUGGGGUGCUUGUGUGCCACUUUGCUCUUCUUCUUGUCAACACUAAGGCUGGAGCACUUAGCCCUUAUUUACUUUGGGGGACUUUCCAGCUCCUUUUUAUACACCGGAGGCAUUGGUCUCAAGUACGUGGCGCUGGGAGACGUCGUCAUCCUCAUCACCUUCGGCCCUCUCGCGGUCAUGUUUGCCCACGCCGUGCAGGUGGGCUACCUGUCGGUGCUGCCUCUGGUGUACGCCGUGCCGCUGGCUCUCAACACGGAGGCCAUCCUCCACAGCAACAACACCAGAGACAUGGACUCGGAUAAGCAGGCCGGCAUCGUCACCCUGGCCAUCCUCAUAGGCCCGACGCUGUCUUACUGCCUCUACAACCUCCUCCUCUUCGUCCCCUACGUGCUCUUCUGCAUCCUGGCUACCCGGUACACCAUCAGCAUGGCGCUGCCGCUGCUCACUCUGCCCAUCGCCUUCCCCCUGGAAAAGCAGUUUAGGAGUCGAUGCUACGCCAAGAUCCCCCAGAAAACAGCCAAGCUCAACCUCCUCAUGGGACUUUUCUACGUCUUCGGGAUCAUUUUGGCUCCUCCUGGUAGCUUGCCAUUACUGUGAUUGAUUAGAUUUGCUAUUUUGAAAGUUUGUUUUACUACAAAUUAGUUUAUGUCCUUCAGUGUAUUUGUACAAGGCUUAUCUGAAGGCUUUUUGCUGGCUUUAAAUUAUUGUUUAAUUUAUGAUCUGAACAGCUUUAGUUUAGUCGCCCCUCUGUUAAUUAAUCAGACCGCUUUCUCUGCAGAAAUAAGCCCUUGAAAAAUGUUUUGGUAAACGCAAGACCUCUCAUUUUGAAGUUGUGGCCGACUUUUUCAUCAUUUGAGGAAAAAUCAUGAACCUUGAUUACAUAUCAGUAGCUUUAAAUGCAUAACGUGGGCUUCUAAAAACAUGUAAUUUGUUAUGUCUAUAUGGUACAAGUAUUUCAAUUUGGUCACUUUUUUUUUGGACAGACAAAGUAUUUAUGUAAUUGUAUUAAAACUCACUGAUGCUUAACUGCCAUGUUUUACUUUUUGGUUGAAGAUGAGAAUAUUUUAUUUGCUGACUGUAAAGCUAAAGAACCACGUUGUUAUAUUUGUGUUUUACACAUAUAAAAAGGUUUCAGAAUUAUUGACUUUAUUUUAUUAAUUGUAGGAUAUUACAAGAUUAUACGGCAUAUUUGAUUAGAUCACCGAGUUACUGAGCAGUUUAGGAUUUAUUACUCUUAUUUCCUUUGAGCUGCAGAACAAUGAGCAACAUAUUUUGUUAUACUGGUGUCUAAGAGAAGCCUCCAAGCCCAUAUUUAUGACUUAUGAGUUCAGGAUUAUAAAGAAUAGCAUCUAUUGUCUCAAGGCUCAAUGUUUACAGUUAACAAAGCUGGGAAAUACUUUUUAUGCAACAUUUUAACCUGAAACUUGUGUAAUUAAAGGAGUAUUCUCAUGUUUCUUUCAA